AUGUCUCAAUCAAGGGCUUGGCUUACCCAGGCAUCUCAAGGAUCAAAUAUAGAGCGAGCUGUUGAUGUCUACAAAGAGCGUUAUGGUCGUGUGCCUCCACCAUCUUUUGAUGUGUGGUACGAGUACGCAAAGAAUAGAUCCACAAUAGUCAUCGAUGACUACGAUUCGAUGUACGAUGACCUCUUUCCGUUUUGGGGUUUAUCACCCGCGGAAAUCAGACACCGAACUCAGCAGGCUAUUAGCGAUCCUUGGAAUGAUAUCACAGGUAUCGUCAUCCGCGAUGGCAAUGUGAGCGUAGGACCAAAUUUUAAACCAACCCAUCGGUGGAUGGUGGAAGGCUUCGAGGCAAUGAUGCAACAAUUUGUUCACUACAUCCCAGACAUGGACUUGGCGCUGAAUCUCAACGAUGAGCCCCGCGUUGCUGUACCUCACGAGGACAUGCGACGAUUCCUGAACUUUGCAGAACGGUUGGAGUCGUUGUCUGGUGAAUACAAGAGUGACUGGAGUGCUGAGCGAGCGAAAACCUGGGUAGGCAAUGACCAACUCCAGCCUACUCGCCCUUUCGGUAGCUGGCCUCGUAUGAACUCCUUUGAUCGCUCGACAAGUGGAUGCUCGCCGUCAUCGGCGGCUAGGAAGAUUCAUACCUGGGAUGCGAGCGCUGCAUGUCUCGCAUGUGCAGGCUAUCACUCGGAAGGUAGCUUCCUCAGCAGCUGGGCUUUGGCUGCUUCACCUUGCCAUCAGCCCGACUUACGAAACCUUCAUGGGUUCUACCUUAGCCCAGCAGCAUUCAAAACAUCCCACGAGCUACUCCCCAUAUUUUCACAAAGCAAAGUCGACGGCUUCUCGGACAUAUUGUAUCCUUCACCCUGGAACUAUAUUGAUAAAGUCAGCUAUUCCCCGGACAGCUCCACCUACCAAGAUCCUCCGUUUUCCGAGAAAUCUAACUCACUCUUCUGGCGUGGUGCUACAUCUGAAGGUGUUUCCCGCCAUGGCACCUGGAAAGGCAUGGCUCGCCAACGUCUCGUUCAUCUUGUGAACAAUUUGACUACUUCUCACCACUCUCCAGCCCUCCCGAUGCUCCUCCCUCAUCCUCGCAUCGAAGGCAAAUACUCCUACCAACUUCCCCGUGACCCGAUUGCCCAAUUGGACACCACCUUCAACGUCUCGUUCGUCAGCAUCGAACGCGCAUGGGACUCGGACGGUGCCGCUCAAGAGGCCGAGUUCGGUCUCGCGUCACCAACUGACUUCCAGGAGCACUGGCAACACCGCUACCUCUUCGAUACAGAUGGUGCAGGCUUCUCUGGGCGCUUCCUUCCUUUCUUGCAAUCACACUCCCUACCCUUCCGUAGCGGCAUGUUUCGGACAUGGUGUGACUCACGCUUGACGGCUUGGGCACAUUUCGUACCCAUUGAUAUAAGGUUCCACGGAUUGUUCAGCACGCUGGCGUACUUUACGGGCACGAAGGGAGAGAAGACGGCAAAGACAUUGAAGGGGAGAGUGGGUAUGGAGAGUAGAUUAAAGCAGGGGGAGCGGAUUGCGGAGGAAGGGAGAGAGUGGGCUGGGAAGGUGUUGAGGAAAGAGGAUAUGGAGGUUUAUUUGUUUAGGCUGUUGCUCGAGUGGGGAAGGUUGACGGAUGAUGCGAGGGAAAGCAUUGGAUUUGUUUUGGAAGGCGAGAAGGGAUAA